AUGGUUAACCACAGAGUCACCUACCGCCGCCGCAACGGCUGGAACACUCGAUCCAACACCACGAGGACCAUUCGUACACCUGGUGGUGAGCUCCGUGUGCUUCACAUCAAGAAGCGAGGCACCGUUCCCAAGUGUGGUGACUGCGGCUCCAAGCUCUCAGGCAUUCCCGCUCUCCGACCCCGCGAGUACUCUCAGAUCUCCAAGCCCAAGAAGACCGUCCAGCGCGCCUACGGUGGUUCCCGAUGCGGCGGCUGUGUCCGCGACCGUAUCGUCCGAGCUUUCCUCAUUGAGGAGCAGAAGAUCGUCAAGAAGGUGCUCAAGGAGCAGGAGCAGAGCCAGAAGAAGAAAUAA